AGAGAGGGUGUGACGCUGGUAUUUGUGUGAACUCGGGUUUAUGAUGCUGAGCUUGGUUCAUCCGCUUUCUCCUCCCUUCUCCUCCCCACUCCUUCCCACCAGCGCCACAGCAACAUCCUCAGAGCCUGAGCGAACUGCGCCCAGGGCGGGCACAGAGCCUCCAAACGCCAGCAACCUGCAGCCCGGGAGAAGACAGCGAGCGCAGUGACAGCGCCUCAACGCCACCAGUCCCCGGACCACGAUGGCCAAGAACCGCAGGGACAGAAACAGUUGGGGUGGGUUUUCAGAAAAGUCAUAUGAAUGGAGCUCGGAAGAGGAAGAGCCAGUGAAAAAGGCAAGACCAGUCCAAGUCCUCAUUGUCAAAGAUGACCAUUCCUUUGAGUUAGAUGAAACUGCACUAAAUCGGAUCCUUCUCUCAGAGGCUGUCAGGGACAAGGAGGUCGUUGCUGUAUCUGUUGCUGGCGCCUUUAGAAAAGGAAAAUCAUUUCUGAUGGACUUCAUGUUGAGAUACAUGUACAACCAGGAAUCAGUUGAUUGGAUUGGAGAUUACAAUGAGCCAUUGACCGGUUUUUCAUGGAGGGGUGGAUCUGAACGAGAGACCACGGGCAUACAGAUAUGGAGUGAAAUCUUCCUUAUCAAUAAGCCUGAUGGUAAAAAGGUUGCAGUGUUACUGAUGGAUACUCAGGGAACCUUUGACAGUCAAUCAACUUUGAGAGAUUCAGCCACAGUAUUUGCCCUUAGCACAAUGAUCAGCUCAAUACAGGUAUAUAACUUAUCACAAAAUGUCCAGGAGGAUGAUCUUCAGCACCUCCAGCUGUUUACUGAGUAUGGCAGACUGGCAAUGGAGGAAACAUUCCUGAAGCCAUUUCAGAGUCUGAUAUUUCUUGUUCGAGACUGGAGUUUCCCAUAUGAAUUUUCAUAUGGAGCUGAUGGUGGCGCCAAAUUCUUGGAAAAACGCCUCAAGGUCUCAGGGAAUCAGCAUGAAGAACUGCAGAAUGUUCGAAAACACAUCCAUUCCUGUUUCACCAACAUUUCCUGUUUUCUGCUACCUCAUCCUGGCUUGAAAGUAGCUACCAAUCCAAACUUUGACGGAAAACUGAAAGAAAUAGAUGAUGAAUUCAUCAAAAGCUUGAAAAUCCUGAUUCCUUGGCUACUUAGUCCUGAGAGCCUAGAUAUUAAAGAGAUCAAUGGGAAUAAAAUCACCUGCCGAGGUCUGGUGGAGUACUUCAAGGCUUAUAUCAAGAUCUAUCAAGGUGAAGAAUUACCACAUCCCAAAUCCAUGUUACAGGCCACAGCAGAAGCUAACAAUUUAGCAGCUGUGGCAACUGCCAAGGAUACAUACAACAAAAAAAUGGAAGAGAUUUGUGGUGGUGACAAACCAUUUCUGGCCCCUAGUGACCUGCAGACCAAACAUCUGGAGCUUAAAGAAGAAUCUGUAAAGCUAUUCCGAGGGGUGAAGAAGAUGGGUGGGGAAGAAUUUAGCCGGCGUUACCUGCAGCAGUUGGAAAGUGAAAUAGAUGAACUUUACAUCCAGUAUAUCAAGCACAAUGAUAGCAAAAAUAUCUUCCAUGCAGCUCGUACUCCAGCCACACUGUUUGUUGUCAUCUUUAUCACAUAUGUGAUUGCUGGUGUGACUGGAUUCAUUGGUUUGGACAUCAUAGCUAGCCUAUGCAAUAUGAUAAUGGGACUGACCCUUAUUACCCUAUGCACUUGGGCAUACAUCAGGUACUCUGGAGAAUACCGCGAGCUGGGAGCAGUAAUAGACCAGGUGGCUGCGGCCUUGUGGGACCAGGCUUUAUACAAACUUUACAGUGCAGCAGCAACUCACAGACAUCUGUAUCAUCAUGGUUUUCCUGCACCAAAGUCAGAAUCUACUGAAGAACCAGAAAAGAAGAAAAUGUAAUCCAAAUUUUAAAAAAUAUAGGUGCAUGACCAAUUGUCAGUUAAAUAUUAAGUUUUGUAUCUCCCUGCAAACAUUCAAAAUACUUCCAUCAGAAGAGAGUAAAAUAUCAAACACCUCUGAAGACUGCAUAAUGGUUUAGUUGACUUUUACUUCAGUGUUUAAUAAGCAGAUGUUAUGUAUGCAUGGUUAUAUGAUUUUGUUAACAGGUACAGUUUCCUGACUUUGUCUUCAAAUAUGCUGUUAUAAGUUAAAGUAUUUGUCUAUUUAUGAUGACAGUACAUGUGUUCUGCUUGAAUUGACUAAAUACUACUACUGGGUUAUAACUAAACCAUGUAGUGACAUUACUCCACGUUUGGAUAUGCUCAUUUAAUUUCUACAGAAGAAUUUAAAAAUUAUUUCAUACGGCCAUUUGUUAAAGCAUACACCAUAACCCAGCAAGCUUGAUUCAAUCUGUAUCAUUUUACAUACACCAUGAGCUCUUAGUUAUUUUAAAAUACAUUUAAACAAGGUUGUUCAUUUGUCAAAAAUUACAUAUUGCUUCUGUUACAUUAUGAUUUAAAACAGAACGUAAACUUCUUGAUCAAAAAUGCACAAAAAAUCACUUUGUAUAUGUAUUCGAGUUUCACUGCAUUGUAUAUUUUUUCAUUUGAUACAUAAAAAUGUAUUCUUCAUAGGUUUAUUCUUUUAACAUGUGAACUAUUAUUAAAGUUUUCUUUGGUUGCUAAGAUUAAAAACAAAUGCUUACUGAAUUUGGAAAUGUACGGGAGGUGUUGAUAUAGAAUGAUGAGAUGGUUUUUGUCUCUCUCUUUUUAAAUUCAAAAUGCUUUUUUUUUUAAUGUUGACACCAUCACAAAGUUAAAUUUCCAUUUAAGGAGCACAUGCUAAUCCCUUUAGGUACCUACCAGUUCUUUUAAACCAGUGAUUCUAUAUUGUAUCUCUAAUGAUAAAAUAUCUAAUGAAGUUUCACUGAUCAGACCUUUUAAAGAAAAAAAAAAGUGGUAACGGAAAAAGAAGUAGCAAGGCAUCUUAUCUGGGAAGUCCACAACAGUAAUUUCUAACUUUCCUAGAAACGGCUAUGCCUUAAUUAACUGGUAAUAUGAAGAAAGGAGUAAUAUAGGAAAGAAUAAGAUAGGAGAGUGUUUGAGAGUUCAUUCAUAAACUAUAUAAGCUUAUAGCUUAGAAAAGCUUGGUCACAAGCCCAGCAAAAUAUCUUUUCCCACUGAUAAAAUUCCUCUAGCCAUUUUUUUCUUCAUUUUUAAUACCCUUUUCAUUAUGUUGCUUCCUUUGCCUAUGGGCCUUCUAAACAGAAAAAUUAAAUAUUUAUAGCACUGUAUCUAAAACAUGGACUCAAACACCAGACAGACGUUUAGCUUCAACAAAAAUAUAUUUAAUAAGCUUGUUAUAUAAAAAUCAAACACAACAUUUUCAACACUUUAUCAAUAAUUCAAACUCACAAAUACCUAACUGGGAGUGCUUUGUAUUUCUGACUACCUAAACUAAAAAUAUAUUUACAUAUUUACAACACAAGUAAAUAAAACUGAAGAGCUACUUCAACUGAGGUUAAAAUUCACUGAAUUCUAGAGAUUUAUAGGCUAUAAAUGCCAUAAAUUUGUCUGCAAUCAAAUGGAUUGCACUAUAAUUAGGAACAACAUCUGGACAACUAUUAAACCAAAAGGAAAAAAAGCUGGGAGGGAAACAUACAGUUUUAAAGUUCUCUGACAAACUCUUAGAAGAUAGAAAAGUAAUGCAAAAUCAAUUUAAUGAACAAGAUUUCUUAUUGAAUCCCUGAUUGUCAUUUUUGGCAGCUUAACCCAGUCUGUCAGAGUGGCCGUGCUUUGUGGGGUCAGGAUCCCUCCACUAUCUCAUGAGUGCCAUGCUAAAUGCAGUUAAGAGCCCUGGUUGAAAGUUAGUUAGCAACUCUAAGCACCUCACACACCUUCCCCACGUGGGCUAGAGAGCCUUAUGUCUAAAUUUAGUCCUGAAAAGAUUACAGGCCCUCCACCGUUUCACACCAAAAAAUAUUUUCUCAACACACUUUAAAAUGCUUCUUUACUUUUUUGGGAGGUGGGGGUGGAGGGACCUAUACAUCAUAUAUCGAAAUUUAUCACAAUAAGGCCCCAAAUCCUACUCUGUUUU